GCCGGCGACGCAGUGCCAGAGGUGGUUGCUGCGCUGGGAACAUGGAGGACCUGCUGAAGCGGGAGCUGGGCUACAGCUCCGUCAAGGCCACGGGUCACUCGGGGGGCGGGUGCAUUAGCCAGGGCCAGAGUUACGACACGGACAGAGGACGAGUGUUUGUGAAAGUGAACUCCAAGGCGGAGGCUAAAAGAAUGUUUGAAGGUGAGAUGGCAAGUUUAGCCGCCAUCCUGAAAACGGACACCGUGAAAGUGCCCAAGCCCAUUAGGGUCCUUGCCGGCCCAGGAGGCGGCAGCAUGCUGGUGAUGGAGCACGUGGACAUGCGGCCUCUGAGCAGUCAUGCUGCAAAGCUCGGAGCCCAGCUCGCGGCUCUGCACCUGGAUAACAAGAGGCUGGGAGAGACGCUGCAGAAGGAAGCUGGCACAGUGGGGAGAGGAGGUGGGCAGGUGGAACGGCCCUUCGUGGACCAGUUUGGAUUUGAUGUGGUGACGUGCUGUGGCUACCUUCCCCAGGUGAACGACUGGCAGAAGGACUGGGUGGCGUUCUAUGCCCGGCAGCGCAUUCAGCCCCAGAUGGACAUGGUGGAGAAGGAGUCUGGAGACAGGGAGGCCCUCGAGCUGUGGUCUGCUCUACAGUUGAAGAUCCCUGAGCUGUUCUGUGACCUGGACAUCGUCCCAGCCCUGCUCCAUGGGGACCUGUGGGGAGGAAACGUGGCCGAGGACACCUCUGGGCCCGUCAUUUUUGACCCGGCUUCUUUCUACGGCCACUCGGAAUAUGAGCUGGCAAUCGCCGGCAUGUUUGGGGGCUUCGGCCGCUCCUUCUACUCUGCCUACCACAGCGAGAUCCCCCGGGCCCCCGGCUUUGAGAAGCGUCUGCAGCUGUACCAGCUCUUCCACUACCUGAACCACUGGAACCACUUCGGAUCUGGGUACAGAGGGUCCUCCCUCAGCAUCAUGAGGAGCCUCACCAAAUAAGCUGGCUGUCCUCAGGGGCCUCAGGCUCACGGGCACCUCCACAGUCCUCUCCGUCCGGGCUCCUUCGUUUCUUCACAUGCCUGGAGUUGCUUCAGACCAGUGCCCAAGCCUUGGAAAGCACGUAGCGUCUCAGAAGAAAGGUACUGUCGUCCCAAAGAUGGACACUUCGUCCGACUUCAUAGCUUUCAUAGCUGGCUAAAACUGCAUGACGUGAACACAGGGACCCGUGGAGCAUGGGAUGUGUCGAACCACACGGCCGCCCCACCUGACGAGGAGGGAAGUGGCCGGUGUGCCAGCCUCCGCUGCUGAGGACACCUUUCCGCAAGCUCUUCCUGUCUCACUCCAGGAAUGACGGUGUACAGGGUGACGCUUCCUGAUGGGCCAGGCUUGGGUCUAGACGUGAAGCCGUCCUACCACCUUACCAUCUUACAAUGACCAGUCCCAAAGUCGAGCACAUUCCCUUUCUUUCCAUCACCUUUGGGCCAGCCGCAGGCUGAGCAGGUUUGGGAUACUUCUGGGAGCGACUAAACUGCCAGCCUUAGGAUGUCCUCAGUAAAUCUGGGGGCCACCGACUCGCUCCUCUCAGCACCCCUGCUUGUCUGCCGUUCCCUAAAGCUUGCUGAGAGUCGUUCCUUCGCAUCAGAGAAAACGAGCACUGAGCAGUGUUUUCGCUCCUCGGUUGUGCAGCGAUGAGAGACAUUCCAGAGGCACUGAUGCCAGUAAACCUUUUGCAUAAACUUUCAGUGGUUUCAGUGAUGCAAAAGGCUGUUUCCCUCAUUUAAAUCGUAAUUCACUGUUUUUCCCAGCUGUUUGCCAAGAAAUCUUUGUAAUGUCUUAUGACAAUAAAUAGUUUCAACUGCUGUUUCUUAAAAGA